UUCUUUGUUGAUCAGAACAACGUCUCUCUCUCUCUCUCUCUCUCUCUCUCUCUCUCUCUGCCAUUUUCACUCACUCCUCAAGAAUCGAAUCCUCUGUGCCCGUGGCUUCUGGGUUCUCUUUCCUCUCUUCUCUGUUUUGUGGAGACAAAAGCUUAGAAGAAAAAAAAACAAGCAAUAAGAACUGAAUACGAACAAUCCGGUCUUAUUGGUUCUGUUUCAUACCAUUCUUCUGUGGGAAAAACACACACACGAACAUCUAGGGCGGAGACGAGAGAUCGAGACAGCAAGGACAAUGUCGGGGCCGGUGAAACAAGCCGAGGAGGCGAUAGUGCCGAGUGUGAACGACACGGAGAGUGAUCAGAUCAACAGUAACCAUGUCGGAAAAGACGACGAGAUCUCUUCCUCCGGCAGUUUCAGCUUCAAGACUUUCCUCUGGCACGGCGGCUCCGUCUGGGACGCCUGGUUCAGCUGCGCCUCUAACCAGGUUGCGCAAGUGCUGUUGACGUUGCCGUACUCGUUCAGUCAACUUGGGAUGUUGUCGGGAAUAGUUCUUCAGAUCUUCUACGGAUUGGUGGGAAGCUGGACUGCGUAUCUCAUCAGUGUACUCUACGUCGAGUACCGUACUCGCAAGGAGAAAGAAGGCAAGAGCUUCAAGAACCACGUCAUUCAGUGGUUCGAAGUGCUUGAUGGAUUAUUGGGUCCGUAUUGGAAAGCAGCAGGGCUUGCCUUCAACUGCACUUUCCUCUUGUUCGGAUCUGUCAUACAACUCAUAGCUUGUGCAAGUAACAUAUACUACAUAAACGAUCACUUGGACAAGCGUACAUGGACGUACAUAUUCGGUGCCUGUUGCGCCACCACCGUAUUUAUACCGUCUUUCCACAAUUACCGUAUCUGGUCAUUCCUCGGCCUCGGUAUGACCACUUACACCGCCUGGUACCUAGCCAUCGCCUCCCUCGUCCAUGGCCAGGCUGAAGGUGUCACACACUCAGGCCCAACAAAGCUAGUGCUCUAUUUUACCGGCGCCACCAACAUCUUGUACACAUUCGGCGGUCACGCCGUUACUGUAGAGAUAAUGCAUGCGAUGUGGAAGCCACAGAAGUUCAAGUACAUAUACUUGCUGGCUACGCUCUACGUCUUCACACUAACGCUUCCGUCAGCUUCCGCCGUUUACUGGGCGUUUGGGGAUGAGCUUCUCGACCAUUCCAACGCUUUCUCUCUCAUCCCUCGCUCCGGAUGGCGUGACGCCGCCGUUAUCCUCAUGCUCAUUCACCAGUUCAUAACGUUUGGAUUCGCAUGCACACCGCUGUACUUCGUGUGGGAGAAGGUAAUAGGGAUGCAUGAUACAAAAAGCAUAUGUUUAAGGGCUCUGGCUCGUUUGCCUGUGGUGAUUCCCAUAUGGUUCUUAGCCAUUAUCUUCCCUUUCUUCGGCCCUAUCAAUUCUGCCGUCGGCGCCCUCCUCGUCAGUUUCACCGUCUAUAUCAUCCCGGCUCUCGCCCACAUGCUCACUUACCGAUCCUCUUCUGCUCGCGAGAAUGCGGCGGAGAAGCCACCGCGGUUCAUGCCGAGCUGGACGGCAAUGUACGUAAUAAACGCGUUCAUAGUGGUGUGGGUUCUGGUGGUGGGAUUCGGGUUCGGAGGAUGGGCGAGCGUCACUAAUUUCGUCAGGCAAGUCGACACUUUCGGCCUCUUCGCCAAGUGUUACCAAUGCAAACCUCCUCCCGGCUCGUCCGUACACCAUGCCGGCGGCGGCCAUUGAUGCUGCCGUGCGUACUUUUGACGAAUUUACGAAAUUGCCAUACUAUGUUUCAUGCAUAUUUUUUCUCUCUUUGGGUUUGCUUGUUUCUCGUAUACGUGAGGGGGGAAGUAGCGAAAGUAGUGUACUUUGUCCCUUUUGAAUGUGAUGAUUGCGUUUGCUAAGUAUUUUUUUUUUUUAA